AUGAAAAGAAAUAUCAGAACUUUGGUGAAAUAUCUACUGCUAUCUUCAGUGACUGUGGUGUUUACAGUGCUGUUUUAUAGAAUUUUCAAAAGUAAAGAUUUCAGGUACACUGAUGUGCAAUUUGGUGCUAAAUAUGGGGGAGUUGAGCCUGUGGCCCCUCAAAAUGUACUUGCAUUUGAUAAUGAAAAAAUAGAUUGGCAUGAUUAUGAUCAAAUAAAACAAGAGUCUAUGAGAACAGGUCCUGGUGAACAGGGAAAAGCUGCUUAUUUAAAUCAGGCUGAAAACCACAAUUAUGAUGCCUUGUAUAAAGUGAAUGGAUUUAAUGCAGCCCUAAGUGAUAAAAUCGCUGUAGAUAGGGCAGUACCUGAUAUUAGACAUAAAGGAUGUAAAAGUAAGAAAUAUUUGAAAAAUCUUCCUAGUGUUAGUGUGAUAGUACCUUUCCAUAAUGAACACUGGACUACUCUUUUAAGGACAGCCACUAGUGUUGUCAAUAGAUCUCCACCACAUCUUUUAAAAGAAGUUAUUCUUGUGGAUGAUUUUAGUUCUAAAGAGUUUUCUAGGAAACCUUUGGAUGACUAUUUAGCUGCAAAUCUAACAAAAGUUAGAGCUUUACAUUUACCAGAGAGAAGUGGACUGAUAAGAGCUAGAUUAGCAGGUGCUAGAGAAGCUACAGCUGAGGUAUUGAUUUUUUUAGAUUCACAUACAGAAGCUAAUGUCAACUGGCUGCCACCACUCUUAGAACCAAUUGCUCAAGACUAUAAGACCUGUGUAUGCCCAUUUAUUGAUGUGGUCCAAUAUGAAACAUUCGAAUAUCGAGCCCAAGAUGAGGGGGCUAGGGGGGCAUUCGACUGGGAAUUUUUCUACAAAAGGCUGCCUUUACUCCCAGAAGAUCUCAAACAUCCUACAGAACCAUUCAAGAGCCCCAUAAUGGCGGGGGGGCUGUUCGCGAUAAGCACAAAAUUCUUCUGGGAACUCGACGGUUACGACGAAGGCCUGGACAUUUGGGGUGGGGAGCAGUAUGAACUUAGUUUCAAAAUUUGGCAGUGCGGGGGGCAGAUGUACGACGCCCCCUGCUCCAGGGUGGGGCACAUUUACAGGAAGUACGCGCCCUUUCCCAAUCCCGGGAAGGGGGAUUUUGUCGGCAGGAAUUAUCGUCGUGUUGCCGAGGUUUGGAUGGACGAAUACGCUGAGUAUCUGUACAUGAGGAGGCCGCAUUAUAGAAAUCUCGAUACCGGCGACUUGACCAAGCAAAAAGGGCUGAGGGAUAGGCUGCAAUGCAAACCCUUCAAGUGGUUCAUGAAGAACGUUGCCUUUGAUUUGCCCCUGAAAUAUCCUCCCAUCGAACCUGGAGAUUUCGGAGUGGGAGAGAUUCGCAACUUGGGUGCCCCCGAACUAUGCGUGGACUCCGGCUUCAAGGACAAGGACCAAAUAGUCGGCCUCAAAGAGUGCGUUUCCGAUAACAAGCAGCGCGGAGAGCAAAACUUCACCCUCACGUGGCACAAGGACCUUAGGGUGAAGGGCAAGUCGAUGUGCUUCGACGUUUCGGAUCCGAACGAAAAGGCAGAUGUCGUGUUGUAUCCCUGUCAUGGGAUGAAAGGGAACCAGUAUUGGAGAUACGAUGUCGAAAAACAGUGGUUUUUGCAUGGCGGUAACCCAAGAUGCCUGGAUUGCGAUCCAGGACAGAAAAGGCUUUAUGUGAAGAGCUGCGAUGAACAUUCCAAAACGCAGAAAUGGCGAUUCGAAAAUGUGAAUUUGACCAUGAUAGCAGAUUGGGAAAAUAUCGGAGUACAGGAGUAG